AUGGCAGUUCGAUCUCUACGUGAAAAAUCCAUCCGCGUACGUCGAAUUACAAGAAAAACAUUGAUAAAAGCGAAAACUCGACAGAAGACAAAGAAAUCUUCUCGGUCAGCUCGGUCAUUGAUCACAUCUGAUUUAUUGAAACAAAAUACUCGUGUUAUCCAUAUUCUCUCUACUGAAAAGGCAACAUUAUCAGCUAAAAAGAACAAAGUGAAACAGAAUCAUUCUCGAACAACGAUACAUGAUCAAGUGCAGAUAUCUAACGAGUCCAAACAAAAUCAUGUUAAUCAAUCGAGAAGGCAUAGAACUGACAAGCCGGAACAAUCGCACAAUAUUAACGAUGAGAAUCUCGCUCUUCCAAACUCACCUUCUGAGAAAAGCUCGCUCAAUCAUACACAUCACGCUGUCCCAUCAUUGACAACUGCAUUUCAAUUCAAUCAAAAGAAGAAUCAGCCAAAAUUAUCGUCUCCGAUCAAGACGUCUUUAUCUACGAGAAUAAAAUGCAGUAAAAAACCAUCGGUGUAUCCAAUAAUUGAACACCCAGAAGAACCGUUGAAGAAAAAGAAGAAAAAAGCACGUGUCGCACCAUGGAAAAUCCUUUUAUGUAGUAUUCUCUCGUGUUUACUUCUCAGUGGUAUUAUACUCGCAAUUGUUAUACCUUUAAUUACAAGGGAAAACGGAGCACAAGCAUCGGUAGCAAAUUCAACUUCUGUAUGUACUGCUAGUAAUCAUACAACUUGCUCGACAACUAUUUAUGCCAGUUCCAAUAGUGGAUUUGGCUCAAUUCCAUACUGGACAUUUGUUUCAUGUUGUUACAUUGCUCCAACAGUAAAUCAAUUUACAAUUGAUUUUAUCAGUGAAGCUGAUGACGGAUACUGGUCAAUUGACGAUGUUAGCGCAACACAAGGAAACGGCGAGCUUAUUUCAAAUGGUGGUUUCGAACAUGGUAUUGCAAAUUGGACAGUAAUAGUUUCUCCCAAUGGUACAUCAUCAACUACUGUCGAUUCAUCAUCAAACAAUCAACACAGCGGCAUGUCCUAUUUAUAUGCUGCAUCAGUGAAUGCACCCGAUCAUGUCAAACAAACAUUUACAAUCAUUCCCGGUGAAAAUGUUCUUAUUAGUUUUUGGUGGCAGUAUACAGUUAUGCUCGGCUCAGGAGGCGGAACGAAUGAUUUGACUGUAACUCUCACUUAA